AGCACGGAUAUUUUUGCUUGCUGUUUUCACCACACAGUCAACAGUCACGCCUCGUGGGACUGAAGACAAGAAGCAUGCCGUGCGGUGGAGUGAAGUCCUUUCUGGUGAGCCUGUCUCGGAGGAAGCCCCUGGAGCCAGAGGGGGAGAAGUCUACGUUUAACCGAUGCCUAACCACUCUGGAUCUGGUGGCCCUCGGUGUGGGCAGCACCCUGGGGGCCGGGGUCUACGUCCUGUCUGGGGAGGUGGCCAGAGACACAGCUGGACCCAGCAUCAUCCUCUCCUUCUUCAUCGCCGCCCUGGCAUCUAUAUUCGCUGGGCUGUGCUAUGCAGAGUUUGGGUCCCGGGUUCCUAAAACGGGCUCAGCAUACCUUUACAGCUAUGUGACUGUUGGAGAGCUGCUGGCUUUUAUCACUGGAUGGAAUCUGUUACUCUCCUACAUCAUAGGGACAUCCAGUGUUGCUUUGGCAUGGAGCGGGACAUUUGAUGACCUCAUAGGCGGCGUCAUAUCAAAGUACUUUGAAAAACAUGCAGCCAUGGGCCUCGCUGGUCUGGCACCUUACCCAGAUGUCUUUGCUACUGUUCUCAUCUUGAUACUGUCAGGUGUCCUGGCAUUUGGAGUGAAAGAGUCAACGACAAUCAACAAGAUCUUCACAGCGAUCAACAUCCUAGUGCUGCUGUUUGUGGCCAUCUCUGGAUUCAUCAAAGGCGAUCUCUCCAACUGGCAAAUCAGUGAAGAGGCUCUGAUAAACGCCACAGCAGAAUUCAACAACUUGAGCUCUACUGUCAACGUGACAAGUUUGUAUGGAGUGGGAGGAUUUUUCCCCUAUGGCCUUGGUGGAACGGUGGCCGGAGCUGCAACAUGUUUCUACGCUUUUGUUGGAUUUGACUGCAUCGCUACAACAGGUGAGGAGGUGAAGAACCCCCAGAAGUCUGUCCCUCUGGGUAUUGUGGCCUCACUACUUAUCUGUUUCCUGGCCUACUUUGCUGUGUCUGCUGCGCUCACCCUCAUGAUGCCCUACUACGAGCUCAAUGAAAAAAGUCCCCUGCCAGUGGCCUUUGACUACAUUGGCUGGGCUCCCGCCAAAUACGUUGUGGCUGUGGGUUCGCUCUGUGCCUUGUCCACUAGCCUGCUGGGCUCGAUGUUCCCAAUGCCCCGAGUGCUGUUUGCCAUGGCAAGAGACGGCCUGCUUUUCCAACCCCUGACCAAAGUCACUUCCAAGGGCAGUCCUGCUAUAGCUACCAUAUCGUCUGGAAUGGUGGCAGCCAUCAUGGCUCUGCUGUUUGACCUAGAAGCCUUGGUGGAAAUGAUGUCCAUCGGCACUCUGUUUGCUUACACACUUGUGGCCAUAUGCAUCUUAAUACUAAGGUACCAGGUGGGUCCAGAUGAAGACUCAGACCUACAGAUCAUAGAAUCAAACACCAGGUUCAGCUUCCUGACACCUCCAUCAACUCCCAAUUCAACCACCUCGAGAAGAGUCACAACUUUGACUAUAUUCUCUGUUGCAUGUUUGGUUGCACUGUGUACUAUCCUGACCGAGGCCAUAGAUGCUCUGGCAAAUUUGGAAGUAUGGAGCCUGGUGGUUGUCUGCAUCCUUGCCGCCAUAGUGCUGUUUAACACUUUCUUAAUCUGGAGGCACCCACAAAAUGCAUCCAAGGCAUCUUUCAUGGUGCCUUUUCUCCCUGCUCUGCCAUUAGUGAGCACAUUCAUCAACGUCUACCUGAUGGUCCAGUUAAGUAAAGAUACAUGGAUACGAUAUGCUGUUUGGAUGUCAGUGGGUUUAAUCAUCUACUUUGGUUACGGUGUGCGUAACAGUGUUCAGAGGCAGCGUCUCAAGGCUAAAGAGAUGAAAAUCGAAACUGUCAGUGGCAAAACAGUCAACAAGGACACCAUUAAAGAAGAAAAGUUCUGA